AUGGCAAACUCCUCCUCCCGGUGGGCGUGGUCCAAGAGCACCCGCAUCAAGGUCAUGAUCGCUAUCGACACGGCCUUCUUCCUGCUCGAGCUGAUUUGCGGAUUUCUGGCGCAUUCCCUGGCGCUGACGGCCGACGCCUUUCAUAUGCUGAAUGAUAUCAUCUCGCUGGCAAUCGGACUUUGGGCGGUCAUUGCCUCACAAAAAGCUACGACCGACGAGUUUACCUUUGGCUGGGUUCGAGCCGAGAUCCUCGGUGCCUUCUUCAAUGCCGUCUUCUUGAUCGCGCUUUGCGUCUCCAUCAUUCUCGAAGCCCUGACUCGCUUCGUCGAGCCGCCCGAAAUCAACAACCCGAAACUCAUCCUGAUCGUGGGCUGCGCCGGCCUCUUCUCCAACCUCCUCGGCUUUGUCGUCUUGGGAGGCCACGGACACGACCAUGGGCACGAUCAUGACCACGAUCACGACGGCGAAGAGGGGCACGCACACGGAAACGGACAAGACCACGGUCAUUCGCAUUCUCACGCCCAUGGCCAGCGCGACGGUGCUACAAGCAUCGCUGAUGAAAACGGGCCCGUUGGCGACGUGCUCCCUGAGGUGAUUGUCCAGAGAGCCAACAUGACAGGCCGCCGAGCUAGCACGGAGAGUCCCGAGACUGCUAGGCGCAUCCACUUCGGCGACGAAUCCACGAGCCGGGAUGAGUCGAACACCAGAGCAAGCCGAACCUCUGCCCAUUCCAGGGGCCGAGAUCACCAGCGCCAAUCCACCAAAGGUCACUCCCGCUUCUCCAGCAUCGAGGACAUGAGCAUCCACCCGGCCAGCUUUCGACAGGAGAUUCUCGCUGUUAGUAGGGCUGCAUCACACAAUGUCUGUGCAAGCGGUUCUGGCGACGAAUCUCCCAGUUCUGACACGGAGACUGAUCAUCCGAAUGAAACGUCACCACUCCUCCAGGACGCAAAGGGAUCCCGCCGUUCCUACUCCCGUAGAUCGACUUCGAAGAAUUCGAGAAGCCGGCGUGAUUCUAGCGUCCACAUCCACAAUGACCACCAUCACACUCUUCCCGUCAAGCCGGGCUCGAAAGUCAGUGGACACAACCAUGCCGACAUGGGUAUGCACGCCAUGCUGCUUCAUGUGAUUGGUGAUGCUCUGGGAAAUGUCGGCGUCAUCGUUACGGCGCUCAUAAUAUGGCUCACCGAAUGGCCUGGCAGAUUCUACGCUGAUCCGGCAGUUUCCCUGGUUAUCACUGCCAUCAUUCUCAAGACGUCCAUCCCUCUGACCCUUGCUACCUCUCGCGUCUUGUUACAAGCCACCCCCGAGAACAUUAGCAUUUCUCACAUUCGUCAAGACAUCGAGAGGCUUCCCGGCGUCGUCAGCUGCCACCACAUCCACGUCUGGCAGCUGUCUGAUACCAAGAUCAUUGCUAGUAUGCAUCUCCAGGUGUCAUUCUCGUUCGACAAGUACAGCGGGGAGAAGUACAUGCAGCUGGCUAAGAGAGCGCGGAGAUGCCUGCAUGCCUAUGGCAUCCACAGCGCCACCAUCCAGCCCGAGUUCUGUCUUGAUAACAAGCACCAGCACAAUGGCGACGCGGCUGCCCUCUCACUCGACGGAGCGUCUGAUGAACAGACUCGCGCUUGCCUCCUGGAGUGCGUCGAUGACUGCCAGGCAGAGGGAUGCUGUAUCGUUGAGACGUCCUCAGCGUGCUCAAGCCGACGGGACAGCGCAUCCUCCCACGAGGAACAUCAACACGAGCAUUGA